AUGAGAGCGCCUUAAACUGGAAGCGGUUCGGAAGGACACGCGGGCAUCCGCCGACAUGUAUCCUUGCUCUUUCUUCCUAUCUCUCUGACCGUGGAUUAGAACAGACUGGCGCUUCUCCCCUCUUGCAUUUUUUAUCUUGUCCACCCCCCCCCGCGCCCCCCGCCGCCUUUCUCCCCUUUUCUUUCUUGCAAUAGGCUUUCCCCAUAAUGGCACUCUUGCAUUGUUUGGCAUGCACAGAAGGAAAAGAGGCUGCUGUCUUUGGUCACUGAUCUCUCUCAGCUGUGUGGCCCAGGGCUAUGCUGAGAUUUCUCUCCCACUUGUAUUGUUGCAGCACAAACGAAGAAUGUUCAGAGGAUGACAAGUGUAUUCUGAGUCGUAUCGUGGUGACCAACAUGCCAUUGAAAUGGAAAACGAGUUCUCCUGCUAUCUGGAAAUUCCCAGUUCCUGUGCUUAAAACAUCCAGGUCAUCGCCUCUUUCUCCAGCAUACAUAUCUCUGGUUGAAGAGGAAGACCCUCACAUGAAAGUAUCUCUUGGGAGCAGCGAUAUGGGUGUGUCUGCCCAUCUGCAGUCAUCAAAAGCAGGAACCACGAGAUUUUUCACUAGCAAUACUCAUAGUUCUGUGGUACUACAGGGUUUUGACCAGCUCCGAAUAGAAGGCUUGCUUUGUGAUGUGACUCUAGUGCCAGGCGAUGGUGAUGAAGUGUUUCCAGUUCAUAGGGCAAUGAUGGCGUCUGCUAGCGAUUACUUCAAGGCCAUGUUCACAGGUGGGAUGAAGGAACAAGACUUAAUGUGCAUUAAGCUUCAUGGCGUGAACAAAAUAGGUUUAAAGAAGAUCAUUGAUUUUAUUUAUACUGCAAAACUUUCUCUCAACAUGGACAACCUUCAGGACACUCUAGAAGCUGCCAGCUUUUUACAGAUACUGCCCGUGUUGGACUUCUGUAAAGUGUUUCUUAUAUCUGGGGUUUCCUUAGAGAACUGUGUCGAGAUGGGGCGGAUUGCCAACACGUACAACCUCACAGAAGUGGACAAAUACGUGAACAAUUUCAUCCUCAAGAACUUCCCUGCGCUGUUGAGCACGGGCGAGUUUGUGAAGCUGCCCUUUGAGCGCCUUGCCUUUGUCCUCUCGAGCAAUAGCCUUAAGCACUGCACGGAGCUGGAGCUCUUCAAGGCUGCCUGCCGCUGGCUGCGGUACGAGGAGCCGCGGAUGGAAUGCGCGGCCAAGCUCAUGAAGAACAUCCGCUUCCCCCUGAUGACGCCCCAGGAUCUUAUCAACUACGUCCAGACGGUGGAUUUCAUGCGGACUGACAACACAUGCGUGAACUUGCUCUUGGAAGCCAGCAACUACCAAAUGAUGCCCUACAUGCAGCCGGUGAUGCAGUCGGAAAGGACAGCCAUCCGUUCGGACAGCACCCACCUGGUCACGCUGGGCGGAGUGCUCCGGCAGCAGCUGGUUGUCAGCAAGGAGCUGCGGAUGUACGACGAGAAAGCCCACGAGUGGCGGUCUCUGGCGCCCAUGGACGCCCCCCGCUACCAGCAUGGCAUUGCCGUGAUUGGGAACUUCCUUUAUGUCGUUGGUGGACAGAGCAACUACGACACGAAAGGCAAGACGGCGGUUGACACGGUCUUCCGCUUUGACCCUCGGUAUAACAAGUGGAUGCAAGUGGCUUCUUUAAAUGAAAAGCGGACCUUCUUCCACCUAAGUGCCCUCAAAGGACAUCUGUAUGCAGUCGGAGGCCGGAACGCAGCUGGAGAGUUGGCCACAGUGGAGUGCUACAACCCCAGGAUGAAUGAAUGGAGCUACGUGGCCAAAAUGAAUGAGCCCCACUACGGCCACGCUGGAACAGUGUAUGGGGGACUCAUGUACAUUUCAGGAGGCAUCACCCACGACACUUUCCAGAAAGAACUCAUGUGUUUUGACCCCGAUACGGACAAAUGGACCCAGAAGGCUCCGAUGACCACAGUCCGGGGCCUUCACUGCAUGUGUACUGUUGGCGACAAGCUUUACGUCAUCGGUGGGAACCAUUUUAGAGGCACCAGUGACUAUGAUGACGUUCUAAGCUGUGAAUAUUACUCGCCAACCCUCGACCAGUGGACACCAAUCGCUGCCAUGCUGCGUGGGCAGAGCGAUGUCGGGGUGGCUGUAUUUGAAAACAAAAUAUACGUUGUUGGAGGAUAUUCAUGGAACAACCGUUGUAUGGUGGAAAUAGUCCAGAAGUAUGACCCAGAAAAAGAUGAGUGGCACAAAGUCUUUGACCUCCCAGAAUCCCUUGGGGGCAUCCGUGCCUGCACGCUGACAGUUUUCCCUCCUGAGGACAAUACAGGGUCACCUUCUAGAGAAUCCCCUCUCUCGGCACCUUGAGAAGCACCCCUUUGGACUCGCAAUGUCGUCGUCCCAAUACUGUUGCACUGCAUCAUGGGUUCUCCUCUUCUCCCCCCCCCCUUCCCCAAUAGUAUCUAAUACGGCUUACCCUAAAGCAGUUGGCACAGUGAUGGGACAGGGCCAGGAUUUGCAGGGUGGGAGGGCAGAAGAACGGAUCGAUGUGGCUCAUGGGGUCUGGUCUAGAAUGCUUAAUCGACUGGACAGUGGGACAUGUCAAACAAAAUGUGAUGAGAGCCAAAUGCUUAAAUGAGGAAAAGUGUCUUUCUGGGGGGAAAUGGAAAAGCUCUUGCAUUGGAUACAUCAGUUGUUGUGUAUUGGGUGGAAGGGUGCCAUUCCCUUGGAGACCCGACGGUAAGUUCAGCCAGAGGGGGAAUGCAGUUAAUUGGGGGUGGGAUCUUUGUUUGCUGGGCCUUGAAGCCGGAGGUCUUCGCUGCACCUUUUUGGAAGAGCGGCCAUCUCUGUCAGUUCAGCAGUUAUCUGGCCCCAGCUCCAUCCAUCUUCUGACGGAGCCUUUUUUGACCUGUUGACCGACUUGACUCUGGGGGUACUUUUCGGAGGAUCUGGCAACAGGAGAAACCCAGCAGUUUCAAAACCAUCAAAUAAAACAGUUGGAUGUUGGCUUUAUAAACCAGGUUUUAAACAAACAGAAUUAAGAUUUUUCCCCCCCUAGUCCAUCACAUGAAAAAUGUCUGAGGUUUUUAAAUUGUGUGUGUGUGUGUUUGUGUGAUUCCUUUCUCCUUGCUCUUUCUCUGUCCCUGCCCUAUUCAGCCUCCAUUCUUACAGGAGCCUGAACUAUCCACCCAUGGGAAUUCAGUGCAGUUGUGCAACCCAGUUGGAUGUCUGCACUGGAUUUUAGGUCGACAAGGGCUAGAAACUCUCUCUCAUUUUUAAGCCACCCAAUUCUGACCAAACGGUUCCCUUCUAGUGAAACUUAAUCAAUGGUUCUCCUCCCCUCCUGGCUCCUUUUGUUGGUGAGAGAACUUGCCUAUUACACCUCUGUAUUAAAAAAAUAAAAAAUAAAAAAUCUCAGUUAAUACGGUUACUUAGCACAAAAUGCAGCUUGGACAGAGAGCUGCUUUUGCUCAGAGAAUUCAGACUACCAUGUUUUUCUUUUGUUCAAUAAAAUCUUUAACUGCAA